AUGCUACUAAACCCUCGGAGAUCACUGUGGUUCGACCGGUUCCCUACCCGUCCAUCAAUGGCUGCCUAUCAGGGUGUUUUGAGGUAUCAACGGGAGGGGGAGAACAAGAACAAGCAGCCAGACAGGGUUCGAAAGGAAAUGCCAAGGCCGAUGGUUCAAGUUUCUUCUCCUUGCUUUCGUUUCUACGAAUGGAGCUCAAGGUAG